UUCCCGCCGAGGGCGUGCUGCUUCGGGCUGUCUGGCGUCCGCAGCCUGGGCUCUGGAGGGCUGCGGGGUCGGCUGGCCGGGUCUGGGCCGGUCGCCGUCGGGAACUGAUAGGGCCCCAGAGAGGCCAGGGUUGGGCCUCACUGCUCCCCACGUCUCUGACUCGCUUAUUCCACCUCUGACUCGGUCGAGACUCCGGAGUCAGAAGAGAUGGGGGCCGCAGGGGUCCAGGCAGCCCGACCCGCGUUCUUAGGAAACCGGCGUCGCCAUGAUUCCGAAAGCUGGACGCUUCUCGCUCAGGCUACUCCUUUGAAAAGACAAACAAAGAGACUCCAGGAGGAGCGACUGCUUUUUCUCAGGCUGUCUCGAGGGUUAGGGCCUUGGAUCCCCAACCCAGCUCUCCUUGCCCCACUGGAACUUCUAGUGGAGCCAUGGGUAGUGGACAGAGGACUCUCCCAGGAUUCCUGCCCAGGUGGGUAUUGGAGCUGCUUUCUGUAAUCACCCAGAUCCACUGCUCCUGGGCAAGCGCCUGGUAGAUUAAUCCGGCAGGAUGGCUGCCAUCAACCCUUGGGCCUCCUGGGGUUUCCUUACAGACCAGUCCUGGGGGAUGGCGGCUGUUGACCCGUGGGCCUCCUGGGCUCUGUGUCCUCAGGAUGCUGCCUGGCGCAUGGAGGAGACCCCUGAGGAGAGGAGGAGGGCCCCCGGGCUCCCGACAGCCCAGGCCCAGGAAACUGUGACCUUUAAGGAUGUGGCUGUGGACUUCACCCAGGAGGAGUGGGGGCAGCUGGACCCCGUUCAGAGGACCCUGUACCGUGACGUGAUGCUGGAGACCUAUGGGCACCUGCUCUCUGUGGGGAAUCAGAUCGCCAAGCCCGAGGUCAUCUCCCUGCUGGAGCAAGGAGAAGAGCCGUGGUCCAUGGAGCGGGUGUAUCCCCCUCAACGCACCUGUCCAGAGUGGAUGAGAAAUCUUGAAAGCAAAGCAUUGAUCCCGACACAGAGCAUUUUUGAGGAGGAACAGUCCCAUAGCCUGAAGCUGGAGAGACACAUAUGGGAUGACCCCUGGCUCUCCAGGUUAGAAGUUCUGGGAUGUAAGGACCAGUUAGGAAUGUGUCACAUGAACCGGAGUACAGCUGUGAGGCAGACGGUCUUCAUGCAGAAGCAAGUGCUGUCUCAGAGAAGCUCUGAGUUCUGUGAACUUGGGGCUGGGUGUAGCCAGAGCUUAAACAUUGUUCCAUCUCAGAAAGUUUCUCAAGUAGAACAUUUCUAUAAGCCUGAUACAAAUGCUGGAAGUUGGAGAUGUAACUCAGCCAUAAUGUUCACAGAUAAGAUUACCUGUGAAAACAGUGAGUGUGACAGAGCCUUCUGCCAGUCCAUGCAGCCUGCUCACCCUGCAGGGCUGCACUCUGGAGACAGCCAUCUCACGUGUACGGAUGCCGUUAAAUCUUUGAAUCAUAUACUGCAUUUUGGUGACCAUAUGGGAAUGCAUACAGGAGAAAAGCUCUAUGAAUAUAAGGAAUGCCAUCAAAUCUUCAACCAGGGCCCAUCAUUCAGUGAACAUCCAAGACUUCAUAUUGGAGGAAACCAGUAUGAUUACAAAGAAUAUGAGAAUAUCUUUUACUUCUCAUCCUUUAUGGAACACCAGAAAAUUGGUACUGUUGAGAAAGCAUAUAAAUACAAUGAAUGGGAGAAAGUCUUUGGGUAUGACUCGUUCCUUACACAGCACACAAGCACUUACACUGCAGAGAAACCCUACGAAUAUAAUGAGUGUGGGACGUCUUUCAUCUGGAGCUCCUACCUUAUCCAACAUAAGAAAACUCAUACUGGAGAGAAACCCUACGAAUGUGAUAAAUGUGGAAAAGUUUUUCGGAAUCGUUCGGCCCUUACUAAACAUGAACGGACUCACACUGGAAUAAAACCCUACGAAUGUAAUAAAUGUGGAAAAGCCUUCAGCUGGAAUUCUCAUCUUAUUGUACACAAGAGAAUUCAUACGGGGGAGAAACCUUACGUGUGUAACGAGUGCGGAAAGUCUUUCAACUGGAACUCCCAUCUCCUCGGGCACCAGAGAACUCACACUGGAGAGAAGCCGUUCGAGUGUACCGAGUGUGGGAAGUCUUUCAGCUGGAGCUCGCACCUCAUUGCCCAUAUGCGAAUGCAUACCGGAGAGAAGCCCUUUAAAUGUGACGAGUGUGAAAAAGCUUUUAGGGAUUACUCGGCCCUCAGUAAACACGAGAGAACUCACUCUGGAGCAAAACCAUACAAGUGUACCGAGUGUGGGAAGUCCUUCAGCUGGAGCUCCCACCUUAUUGCCCACCAGAGAACUCACACGGGAGAGAAGCCCUAUAACUGUCAGGAAUGUGGCAAAGCCUUUAGAGAGCGUUCAGCCCUCACUAAACAUGAAAUAAUUCAUUCUGGAAUUAAGCCCUAUGAAUGUAAUAAAUGCGGCAAAUCCUGCAGCCAGAUGGCUCACCUCGUGAGACAUCAGAGGACUCACACUGGAGAAAAGCCCUAUGAGUGCAACAAAUGUGGAAAGUCCUUCAGCCAGAGCUGUCACCUUGUCGCGCAUCGGAGAAUCCACACUGGCGAGAAGCCCUACAAAUGUACCCAGUGUGAACGGUCCUUUAACUGUAGUUCUCAUCUCAUUGCGCACCGGAGAACUCAUACUGGAGAGAAGCCAUACAGGUGUAACGAGUGUGGGAAAGCAUUUAACGAGAGCUCUUCCCUUAUUGUGCACCUGAGGAACCACACUGGAGAAAAGCCCUACAAGUGCAACCACUGCGAGAAAGCCUUCUGUAAGAACUCCUCGCUCAUCAUUCACCAGAGAAUGCACAGCGGAGAGAAGCGCUUCAUCUGCAGCGACUGCGGGAAGGCCUUCAGCGGCCACUCAGCCCUGCUGCAGCACCAGAGGAACCACAGUGAAGAGAAGCUCUGUGCGUUGAAUUGAUGCGAGAUGCUCCUUUUACUUACAUGUGACCACACGUUGGGAAGCCCUUUAAGCCUAAUCAAGAGGGGCGUUUUCAGUAAGACUUGACCCCUCACUAAUCAGUAGAAGUUUCCUUUGUAGAAGAAACGUGUGAAUGAAAAGAACAGGCAGUGGCCUUCCACCAGGCCUUAUUCUGACUUAGAAGCAAACAGUUGCAAAGAACAAGUCCCCAGACUCCCCUCAUGACCUGCCGGAGGUCCUGCCUGAGGAGCACGGACGUAGGGAGUGAGACGCCGGCUAGUGAGAGAUCUCUGCCCCUUGUGGGUCAGAGCGUGCUGUUAAGGGUGGAACUUUCUCCUAGGGAGCGUUUCAACUAGAAAUGCACUGUUUUGUGUCAGGCUGCGGUAUUGGAUGGAAGCAUCACAAUAACGUUUUGUCAUUAUGGAAACAGAUUUUCCUCUUAAAAGGGGUAGGUUCUGGGUGCCCUUUAGCGAAUAGAAUAUGGAAAACUAAAUCUGACUUUAAGAAAAAAUAAUAUUGAAUGGGAUGUUUACUGAUGAUCAAGAUUAACCUUAGAAAAGCUUAGUGGAUGAGAUUACUAAUGAUGGAAAUGUCAUUGCCCAGAAGGAUGAAACUGAUGCUGUUGAAACAGGAGGUGGUGCUUCGUAGCUCACUGUGUCAGUGUCCUCGGUUUGUGACUCACUCCUGCGUUGCUGGACAGGUAGUUUGUCAUUUGUUUCAGGCAAUCACUGUGAGUUAUGAUUAUGGACACUGCAUCAGUAUCCGUGACACGAAGGAAUAAAAAGGACACAAAAUUGUUUAUAAAUAUCUACUAUAACAUCCAGAAAGUGUAUAUGGAAAAGGACUGGAGAGACCCAUGGAUAAAUUAACCCAGUUAAUUUAAGAUUUUUUUAAAGUUUUACAAACACAGCACUUACCGUGUGCUAGGCUUUGUUUUAAACGCUCUUCGAAUAUUAACUUGUUCGGUCCCCUUAGUUCUCUGAGAUAGGUACUGUCACUAUCCCAGCUUUGCAAAUGGAGCAACCGAGGCAGAGGUGAUGAGAAACCUAGCUAGGGACACACAGUAAGGAGUGGAGCUGAGAUCGUUUGGCUCCAGAGCUCAUGUUUUUAACCACUAUGUUAUGCUGCCUCUGCAGUGAUUUUUUCCCCCUAAUGUUUUUUUAAAAAAAAUUUGUUCAGUGUUUCUAUAGUAGAUAUUUGAUAAUAAAAAUCAAAUUCCUAAACAA